CGAAUGCCCGACCCACACAGCAACAUCAAGCCACAUCCCAGUGGUUUUCUUUGCGACAAAUAACGUCUCACCGGAUAUGCAUCCACAAAAGAGGAAAAAAGCAGAAGACUAAAUUCACACGGGCGCGGUCUGCUCUGACAGACCCAAAAUCGCGGACGGGAGGCGUGGACCCACGGAGCGUUUCACACUUUUGAGCUCACCGACGCCACAUGGGCAUCGGGAGGGAAGCGAAGUUUUAUGGAAACAACUGGUUGGUGACACACCUUUCAUCCGAUGAGCGGCUCUUCCUCCCAACGCGACUCUUUCUUUAAGGCUUGCUGUGGUGGUGGUGGUGGUGGUGAGGUGGAGGUGGAGGUGGAGGUGCAGCCAGAUAUAAGGGAGCCGCUUCAGCGAUGCCGUUCCCGCAGGCCCUGCUGGCUCUGGGACUGGUGCUGGUGAUUGUCGGGGUGGUCUUGGCGAUGUGUACAAACUCUCCCCAGACCAUGCCGCUCUUUGGACUUGGCCUUUGUCUUGUGCUGGGGGGCGUAGGGCUACUUAUCACCGGGCUCUGCAAUGCCAUGAGAAAACUUCAGGUGGCAGUGCCCGGUCACUUCCUCCUGCAUCCCCGUACGGGCACACGCUUCAGCCCACACCAGGCCCUGGCCAUACAAAGGAGGUUGGAUCGGAUUCGAAGAGAGAUGUCAGAGGACUCUGUCAGCAGGAGACCUGAACCUGAACCCUCCCUCCCCUCCACCCCACUUCCAUGGGAUAUGGAGCCUCCCCCCUCCUAUGACACAGUAAUGAAGAGCCAGGAGCAUACCCUCCAGGUCAUGUUGGUCCCACAAAACGAGGAAGAGAAGAGGUUUGAAGACUCUGUAUAUAGUUCAGCUGAGGCAAAGCAACGAAGUUCUGCCGAGGCUCUGCCCAGGUUCAGUGGUGAGGAGGCAGACAGCCGUCUCCUCAACAAGGCCCUGAGCAGCCGCUGUCACAGCUGCCCCACGCUGCACCUGCUAGCACAGCCUGACCAGGACCUCCCAGCCGGGGACGUGCCACUGGACCGGAGGAGAGCGCCCUAUCUGCUGGCUCAGGUCCCCGAAGAGCUGCCCUAAGAGAAGGAUGUUGAGGGGAUCCCUCCUAUAAUAUAUAUUUUUUCCCACCUGACCUUUGUGAUAAGCUUGAGCGUCACUUCAACUGUGACCGUUUUUGUAUGUUUAUACUGACAGAAGUGUAAUAUUACAACAUGUUGGAAGCUCUGUUAAUUUGCCCAGUUAUCCCCCCCCAUCCCAUCUUGCCACCGUGAAACGCUAAAUAAAAACAUCUGCCGAGGUA